UAAAAGUCGAUCAACAAUUUGAAUUGAUAUCAAACGGAAAUCAGUACUCCAAUAAUCAACAUGAAAUUCGCCGCCGUCGUAGUCUUGUUGGCUUUGGCCUUUGGAAUUGAAGCUUCAAUCAUUCCAUUGGCACCAGCACAUGGUCCAUCUCUUACCGUCAGUGGACCAGCUCUUGUUGCUGCUGCACCAGCUUGGGGACAUGCUGCAUGGGCUCCAGCUACUUCAUGGGCCGCUCAUAGUCCCUGGGCUGCUCCUGCUAUUGCCGUUGCCCCUGCUGCCAUCGCCACUCAUGCCGCCAUUGCCCCUGCUGCCAUCGCCACUCACGCCGCUAUUGCGCCAGCUGCUCCAUGGGGUCAUGAAGGAAGUUAUGUUGCCAAAACUCGUGGUGCCGUCCAUGUUGCUCCAUUAGCCGGACAUGCUCAUUCUGCUGCCUCUAUCAAUCUCCAACCAGCACCAGGAACUAUCUAAAUACUGACAUGGCAAUAAAUGAAAUAGAAUCUUCACUUAUCGAAAUAAUUCGUAUUUUCAUUUCUGAACAAUCAAAACAUACUGGAUAUCCCUAGAAAAGUAAAUGUUGCAUAGAAAC